AUGCAUUGUAUUGAUAUUAUUAAGUCAUGGCCAUUUGAGGAACUUCAGCCUGCUUUGGGGAAUUCUGGUCUCCUAUUGGCCUGGCACGCUAAGCUCUUCAUGGUCAGGGCGGCAGUGGGCGGUGAAACUGCUCGGAAGGACAACGACGGCACGUGCGAGGGUCCGUCCCGCAUCUCGGGGCCCAUCCCCCCAGACCCUACGCUCUGUCCUGACUACUACCGCCAGCCGGCCUCGGCCCAAGGGCGCCUUGAGGGAAACGCGCUGAAGUUGGGCCUGCUGACUCCGGACCCCGACCUAGACGCCACCCCUCCCCGCGGCCCCCGCAUUGGUCCCGGAGCCCGAGAAAUCCUGGAGCGUGGCCGGCGCGGCGUGGGUGGCGUGCUGCUGCAGCUCGGGGGUAUCUCCCUAGGCCCAGGGGCCUCUCCCAAGAGGAAGGACCCCAAAGACCAUGAGAAGGAGAACCUGAGGUGGAUCAGGGAGCUCCAGAGGCGCUUCUGUGAGCAGGAGCACAGCCGGGAGCAGGACCAGUCCAGACCCCUGAAGGCUCUGUGGCGCUCACCCAAGUAUGACAAAGUGGAGUCCCAUGUCAAGGCCCAGCUGCAGGAGCCCGGCCCUGCCUCUGGGACAGAGCCUGCGCACUUCCUGCGGGCACAUUCCUGUUGCGGCCCUGGGUUCCCACCACCCCGUGUCCCCAGUCCCCAGCUACCAACCCCACCAGAUCCCAAUGCUAAGGGCCCAGGCCCAAGUGUGGACCUCAUUACCCACAAUGCUCGCACUGCCAAGAGGGCUCCCCGGCGGCAUUCUCGCUCGCUGCAAGUCCUGUCACAGGUGCUGGAGCAGCAACGGCAGGCCCAGGAGCACGACAACGCCACACAGAAGGGUCACGUGCCCCAUUACUUGUUGGAGCGCAGGGAUCUGUGGCGGCAGGAGGCUGAGGCCCGUCAGCACAGCCAGCCGGACCCGGCCGUGCCCCCUGGCCACACUUGGAUGCCUGAGAACCAGCGGCACCAGGUUGGUGUUGUGUCUCUCCCAAAAGUUAUAUUGAAGUUCUAA